AGUUGUUUUACUGGUGGCAGCGUUUUGUGACAAAGUGUCUCCGUUCGUGAGCGUUUCGGCUCGGCGUUCCGUGAGCUAGUUAUAAAUGCCUGUGAGAUCCAGGCUUCGCCGCUUGGUGAGCAGUUUCGGCUGCUAGGAUUAAGGAGUUGCCCGGUAGUGCUUUAGUGCCAACUGGGUCCUCUCAGCUUGUGUUUAGACUAAUACGACAUGUUGGCAAAAGAGUCGAAACAAAUGAUUCAGUGUGAAGGUUCAUUUAAAAGAAUAACAGAUAAGGUGACGUCAAUCCAAAAUAUUGCUGGUUUUGCUGUUCCUUCAACAUUUGGGUUGCCUGCAGCCGUAGCCCUGCAACAUGGAGAGUCUCCACUGUGUGAAUGAAGGGUGACCAGAAGGAAAGAGGCGCUCCAAAUGACGUUCCCAAGUGGCCUUGUGGAAGCAGUAGCCGUGCUGUGGAGUGCUUUUUCAUGAUUAGUAUUGUUUGUCUGUCAGCGGGAUCAGCUUAGUGAAACCUGCUGCUUUCAUCAGGCAGGGAAAUGCUGCUCUGAGACUGGAGUCAAGAAAAGGAGGCCCUGAUUAUAACCAACAUACUCAGGAAAACAAAAGGGGAAAAUCUGUAUGAUUGACACACAGGCCACUUUAGCUGAUGUGUUGGCUUGUUUGAGUGUGCCUGGGAUUUUUUAACAGCAACGCCUCUCCUCUGUGCUGUGGUACUUGUCUCCCUCUCCCUCUUUAAAGCAUCGUCCAUUGUUGUUAUUGGAGUUUCUAUGGUUUGCAUGGCUGGAGAAUAACCGUGGAGAGGCCAGGGUAUCACAAGCUUAUGGAUUUUGAUAAGAGAGGGGGCAAAGGAGAGACAGAGGAAGGAAAAAAGAUGUCUAAGACAACGACCAGUAGGACUGGACAUGGCGGCAGGGGUACAGGGACCAAUUCUGGAGUUCUUAUGGUUGGCCCAAACUUUCGUGUGGGCAAGAAAAUCGGCUGUGGUAACUUUGGAGAGCUGCGGCUUGGCAAAAACCUCUAUACUAAUGAAUAUGUGGCCAUCAAAUUGGAACCCAUAAAGUCCAGGGCGCCACAGCUCCAUUUGGAGUACAGAUUUUACAAACAGUUGGGAAAUUCAGAGGGAAUUCCUCAGGUGUACUACUUUGGUCCAUGUGGGAAAUACAACGCCAUGGUGCUGGAGCUCCUUGGGCCUAGCUUAGAGGACCUCUUCGACUUGUGCGACCGCACCUUCUCCCUCAAGACCGUCCUCAUGAUAGCCAUACAGCUGAUAACACGGAUGGAGUAUGUGCACACCAAGAGUCUGAUCUACAGAGAUGUAAAACCCGAGAACUUCCUCGUCGGGAGGCCCGGAAGCAAGAGGCAGCACACCAUCCACAUCAUCGACUUUGGUCUGGCCAAAGAAUAUAUAGACCCUGAGACCAAAAAACACAUCCCCUACCGGGAGCACAAGAGUCUGACUGGGACAGCACGCUACAUGAGCAUUAACACACACCUGGGAAAAGAGCAAAGCAGAAGAGAUGAUUUAGAGGCACUGGGCCACAUGUUUAUGUACUUCCUCCGAGGUAGCCUUCCUUGGCAGGGCCUGAAGGCUGACACUUUGAAAGAGAGAUAUCAGAAGAUCGGAGACACCAAACGAGCCACCCCAAUUGAAGUGCUGUGUGAGAGCUUUCCUGAAGAAAUGGCCACCUACCUGCGCUAUGUGAGGAGGCUGGACUUCUUUGAGAAGCCAGAUUACGAUUAUCUAAGGAAGCUCUUCACUGACCUGUUUGACAGAAACGGCUACAUCUUUGACUACGAGUACGACUGGGUCGGCAAAUCUCUCCCCACACCGAUAGGCCCAAUCCCCAGUGACACGCCCCUGCAGCCCAGCAACAGAGACAAAGCACAACAGCAGACCAAAAACCAGUCACCUGAGCCCAAAGGAAGUGAGUCUCAGCCCACCCCCGUGACCAAUAAGGAGACUCUGGGGUCGCACCUCACAGCUGAGCGGCUGGGGGGCUCUGUUCAGGUGAUGAGCUCAACGAACGGCGAGCUGAACACGGAUGAUCCCACAGCCGGACAUUCCAACGCUCCCAUCACUGCUCCCACUGAGGUUGACGUGGUUGACGAAACCAAGUGCUGUUGUUUCUUCAAAAGGAGAAAGAGGAAAGCUCUUCAGAGGCACAAGUGAAGGAAGAGGAUGGAGACAACUUGAAACAUUGUGGUCACUGUCCAGUUUUAAAUGGAAACAACUACACAAAAACCCCCAGACCUCCCCCUGUCCCCCCCUUCCUCGCCCUCCCACCCCGCCACCAUGUACCUCCUUCCUUCGCGCUCCCUCUCUCUCGCUCUCAGCGCUCCUCACGGCUCCUGUCGUGUUGAAGGAAUGUUGCAGUCCUACUGACUCCACAAGAGACUUUUGAUUCUUUUACAGACGAAUUACAAGCGUACCUGCAUUACAACUGGGAGCUUGAGGAAACGUAUAAAAGCUGUAACAAUGAAACUCGAAUACAGUGGCGUGAAUAUGAAAAAAAUGAUGCCGUUUGAAGCAGUUAUUGUAUUCUAGAUCCCAUGCAGAAGGUGAUUUGUUGGAUCAGCUGUUGAUCAGGGGAAACCAUUCAGGUGGUUCAAGUGAAAUCUGCUCCGUAGGAAAUACAUUUUCUUUCUUUUUUUUUGUUUUUCUGGUAUGUAUUUUGGGAUCACGGUAAAAGGUGAACUAUGCUGAUGUUCAAUCUGAGAGACACAGGAAGCAUUUCAUCUUUAAAACUGAAUCUGAUUUUUAUGUAUUUUUCUUUGCUUUUUUUUUUGUAAGUGAAUCCUCAGUUUUCAGACUCGAAACCUGCAUUCAAUGCUUCUUUUUAUGUUGUAGUCUUCUGGAGUUCAGUUCGUUCCUCACCAGGUUUCUUUUUGUCCUUCAACGUGGUGUUUGUAGCACAGUCACUGGCCUCAGGUACUGUGGAAGAACGAGCGACAGCAGAUAUUAAGCUCUUAUUUAUAUUGCACUUUGGGAAAGAAAACGAUUACAGUGGACAAGCUUUAGGUUAAAAAUUAACAAUUAAGAAAAUAAAGACUUAUCUGGACAGUCAGUGAUGAAAUCUGCAUUCAUGGCUGAAAUUGUUGAUUUAAAAGUGGAAAGAGGAGGAAAAAAAAGUUUAGAUUUUUUUAUUUUACAUCCAAAUAGUUUACCAGAAAAUUGUAGUUUGUGCCUUUUUUUAAGUAAAAUGUUUAAAGCUUAAGUGAGUGUCCCACAUCGAAAUUUUAUCUGAUCUGACCCAAAUGCUCAGUGGAUUAAUGUCUAUGCUUGUGUGUUUGUGUGGGUGCACACUGGCGAUCGCUAAUCCGGAAGGUCUUGCAAGCAAAUCUGUGAAACGAGUGUGCACAUCUCUCUCCGACAAUGACGCAGCUCCCUUUGACCCUUCAUCUGCACGUGACCGUGUCCAGAGUAAAGUUUACGGCGGCAUUUGUGUGGUUAAAGCAAGCUCUGAGAUCUAACGGGACAAAACAACCAAAUAUGUCUGAAGCUGUUUUAUUUCAUAUCUGGAUGACUAGAAGACAGACAAGAAGCUCAGUGAGGUUUGUUUGUUUAAAGUCUGUCUGGAAUCGCUGGAAUCCCGUUUCUGAUCAAACUGUACAAGAUCAGUAAAACUAUUCUUUUAACUAUAUGUGGUUUCAUGUACCUCAUGUUAUGUCUUCUUGUUUUUCUUCAACAUGUCUGACAGGCUCCUACUCCAUGGAUACAAAUUUGAAAUAUAGCCUAAAACUCCCAAGUUAUCAAAGCUGUUCUGCCAUCUUGAAUCCAUCCAUAAAUCUAAGUUUAUGUUUGAGGUCGUUGACUGAUUAAUAGAGAUGCACCAAUCGUUGCUUUUCUGACCAACAAAAUUUCUGCUGUUCUUUGAGGUCUGCUGCCGAUUUCAUCUUAGUCUAGUUCGGUUCUUGGUUUUUCUUUCUUCUAAGGAUUAUAACAUACGAAAGCGAAGUGUUCUGCAGGCUCUUUCUUGAAUGCAAGAAGUCUCUAACCGUAAUUUCAUAUGCAUUUAUUUGGGAUUAAACUAAAAAGAAGUGCAUCUAAGCACAUGCUGUAGGUCAUUGAGCUAAUAGAAAAUGCAUCAUUGAAAAAAAGCAUUUUUUAAAUUAGAUUUUUCAGCAUUUGAACUGCAGAUAACCCCUCAGAGCCGAUCUAAAGAAAAUAGUCCAAUCCCCGGCCGGUAGAUUACAUCUCUGCUGAAUACUGAAGCGUCUCUUGCUCCCAUAGGGUCCGUGUGGACUACAAAAGGACAAGAGCUCCAUUGAUGCACAAAGGAAUGGAAGCAAAUUCAGGCCACAAAGACAUCCAAAUGUAACAUUUUGUCUUAAGACAAGUCCAAUUUUUCCAAAAUCCAUCCAUGAUUACCCUUCCAAAGUGGGCUGACCAGUAUGUCACAACAGUAAGAGAUGAAUGGCAGCAUCUAAAAAUCAUAACGAACAAGUUAAACAGAACUUGAAAGAAAAAAAUGAUAACUCACAGGGAUAGAAACAGUUUGCAGAGGAGACAGUUGGAGCUGAAGCCUUGGAUUAAAUUUUAGACUUGCAGGAAGUGGAACGGGAAGCACACAAAAAGUUAUGAUCUAAAGAUUUUUCAAACCUCAUCUGGUUUUCACACAAAGUUGGCACCAUUUUAUUAAUUUUACUUUCAUGUAUGAAGCCAACUGGUUUUUAAGAGAACAGGUUUUUUGUUCCUCUAAGCAGGUUUUAGAGGAUUGAUGAACGGAAAAGAGGAAGCAGUUGUCUAACCCCACAGAGUUCUUGGAUGCCUCUCAUAGCCAUGACUUUAUUUAGACAUGCAGUAUAAGGCUGCUGUGUAUUAACCCAAACGCAAAUCCAAAUGUUCAGAUUAUGGCAAGCCAAUAGAGCCAAAUAUCUUUACUCUUUUAACAUGUCUGGUAAAGCAAUGCUUUAGAACUCACACUGGGUUGGCGAAAUCCCUUCCAGAAAACUGUAUUUUAUACCUAUAAGUGGCUUUUCAAAGGACAACUGAGCAGCGUAAAGAAAAGGAGAACUUUUAUCCAGAAAAAAAUCUUACCCGGUCAUUGAACCCCAAACCUUAAACUGCCAUUUAUAAACAGGCGUUUAGUAUGGACUUUCUGGACCAUCCCCAAUCCAUGCCACUCAGGAGCUUUUCAAAACGCCAAGAUGUUCUGGGUAGGUUUCUGGUGCCAUGACAUCGCACCCAUUCAUCUUUGUGGUUUCAUGUAAUUUAUUUACAAGACAGGUUGGAAAAAGUGCCAAUAUUUGGCACUAAUGGCUUGCCAUAUCAGAUGACAGCACACCGUUACAUGUAGAUCCACCUGCGGCAUUAACAACAGGGAGCACUUGUUGGCUCUUCAAAGUAUUCCACUGAAAACUGAACUGGUCCUUCUGACCAGCAGGGAGCUCCAGCUUCUUAUAAUCCAUUACACUGCGUUUAUUAUGUGAUUUCUACUUGGGGGCGAGAGAGUGUUUGGAGAUGCUCAGACCAGUGUUGAACUGUGCUUCUGCUCUACGUCUCUUGGUGUAACUAUUUGCAACAUGUAUUUGUAAAUAUGACAACGACAGAUCUCUAAUUGUGAAUAAAGGAAGUUUUAUCACAGGA